CGCAGCCGCUUGCUCCGCCGUCUCUCCCGUCCCGGCGCCGCAGAGAGCUCCGCUGUCGUCGAUACCGCGAGCCGCGCAUCGGCCGGGCUCACCGCCGCGCGGUUUCUUUCCCAUCUUUGCUUGUGUUGGCGUGCAGACGAAGUUGUCGCACACGGCAGGCCCAUGAUUAACACCUUCUGGAAUCUGUGCCGCGCCUGCCCCAUACCGGCAGAGAGCAAGUUGCACGCUGAGUACAAGAGGAGCUUUGCGUGGCAGCCAGGCCAUACAGAACCAGCAGGAAAUGUUGUCGUGAAGCCACCAGAUGCAACUUCACUGGAACCAGCACUCACAAGGAAGAAGAAGCACCCGGAGGUAGCAUAUCGGACGAGCGACAUCUUGGGCGCUGACGGGAGUCAUCACCAGGCGGCGGCUACCGGAUUGGCAGACACACUUCCCCGUGACUUCAUCGACCACUGCGACAGGGCAAGGCCCGGGGAGCGGUCGAACAAAUCCAAGGUGGGUUCCCGAAGCAGAUCUGCAGACCCCAGCCUUGGCCGUGGCAGGCCUGUCAUGAGCAAAGAAGAGUGUUGUGCGGAGGGCCCCAUGAAUGGGGGUUGUGAUGGCGCCAGCCCAGAGAGCCACGGUGAUGAGGCUCCUUGUAAGACAAGCGAGUACAGGGCUGCCUUUGCCUGGCCACCCAAGCCUUCUCUGCCUCCGGCCACCAGGGAUGUCGUCGAUGGCCCACACCGAGCUGAGCCCAUGGAGAGGUUGUUGCCUCGAGAGGACACCUCCCAUGAAGUCAAAAAAACAACCAAGAGGACAGAGUACAAGGCAAAGUUCAAGCCUUUCUCAUCCUACAUGUACAUCGAUGGCAGCUGGAAAAAGCCAAAGGCAAUUAUGUCAGAUGCUCCGCCCGUGGUGGACCCGAACCAGUGGUACACGGAGGUGGUGGAGCGGCUGCACAUGGCCGACGAAUACCGCAGCCGGUCACGUGCCGGUGCGCUACAGACGGCGGGGCCAACCGCGUCGCACAGGACGACCACACUGUGGGCCAAACUGGACUCCAGCACAAGCCUCGCUGCCUUGGCUCUCGCACACACACCAAGGCUAGCCUCUGCAAAGACACCUUCCCGGGAACGACCGGCUCCAGCUUCUAUCCAUCGAUCUCAGUCUGCUAAGAGGAGAGAGAAGACAGAUGCUGAGGCUGGCCGCACCACCGAUACUACCGAGAAGAAAAGCCCCACGAAAGCAGUGUCUCCAGUCAAGGCCGAAGCAGGUAAUCAACGCAAGGCUUCUCCGGCAGCCAAGACUGCAGCUCGGCAAAAACAGACAUCACCAAAAACACCAGCAAAGCAUGAUGAAGAUGGAGCAAAGACAACUGUUUCGUCACGAGCCAGAGCUGCUUCAUCACCACCGCAAAGGCGCACGCCAUUGGCCGAGGCUGACAAGAAAGAUGAUAAGAAGACAGGAAUUGCUUCUUUAGGGACUUCAAGACCUCGGCGUCCACUGCAAGAGAGUGCAGCACCCCCUGCUGCGAAACCCCGGGCUGUGGUCCGGCCAGCGUCGGCCGCCGUCAAUGAGCAAGACGGCAAGAUAUGGCUCAAGCCUCAGGGCAAGCCGGAGGACGAGGGAGCGGCUGGCAAGGAGCAGGACGGGAUAGGCAAGGCAGAGGAUGCUGGCGGUGGCGAGGAAGGUGUGCUGGUGCCCCCGGCAACGACACCGGCCGAGAGUGUGGAGGCAGCCACUCCCGGGUCUGGCUCGGAGCGCAAGUCGGAUGCAGUGCGCCCCAGCAGCCUGCCGCCCAUGAAUGGCUCCAGUGCCAGCUCUUCGGCCCUGGCUUCAGCCGACAUGGCCAGCCCAUCGCCACUGCCAGAACCUCAAUCUGGGCCUGUGCCGUUGACUACAGUCAAGUCACCAGAGGAGGUGACCGGGGUGAAGUCACCCGACCCAGAAACUUGGACGGUUCCUCUGGAUACUGGCCGGGGCCUCGAGUGGACUGAUGGCCAAUCACCAGCUGGGGACUGGCCAGGGAAGGCUAAGGGCACCACUGCACCCAUUAUAGACACUGCUCCAAAGCCGACAUCUGCACCAAAAACAGAGUCUACCAUACCUGAGGGCAAGGUGGACCCAAUACCUAAGGCGGCACCCGAGGAAUCUUCUCACAAGGGAGCUCCAGAAGAUCCGGUAAAGCCGCAGCCGGCCGGUCAGACGGGUGUGGACGUCCUCGACAAGGCCCGAAAUCGCCUAGAAGAGUUCUGGGUCACGGGAAAGUGAGAUGGCGUUGCGCUCCAGGAAGUCCACCUCUGGAGGCAGCAUGGUUGCCUCCCCGUGGGGUGAGAACGCGAAGAGAAAAAAUGCAGCGCGGCAUAGCCGAGGUGCACGCAGGGAAGCCGGGUUUUGGUUUCCAAGACGGAUGCUCUUGGGUAGCCUGCUUAGCCUAGCUUUGUCUUCCGUCAAUUUCUCUCGAAUCCUCCCUUUUCUUUGUGUGUGAAUAUUGGACUAGCUCCGCCUUACCACUAGGGCCAUGCAUUACUAUAUUGUUAUGAAAAUGGUAGGCACAUCACACUGAUGACACACACACGGUACACUUUGCGCCUUUUGGGGCGUAUCUCGGCCUCUAAACAAUAACCGUCGUCUGUCUCACAUUUCUUUCCUUGACAACUGUAUGCUUUUUGCUUUCCUGUUUACUAUGUCACGCUGAUAGCAUGCAUGCCAGUUAAGAUAGCGGGCAUAUGGCGUUAAGGAAGGACACAUAGUAUAGAUGACGGUAUUGUUUAAAGGACAAAAUACGUCACAAAGGGUGCAUACUUUUCUUAUAGCGUAUUGAAGGAUGAUUAGGGACAGGAGUGAGUGAAGGUGCAGUCUUUGGAUGUGAAUGUUCUAAGUUGAGCAAACCCGGCAACCGCUGCCUAUAUGAGCUCGUUGUCAGGAGAAGCACCAGAAGUAUUGGAACAGAUGGUUUGGAGGCGCAAGCCACACCACACAAUAAAGAAAGGAGAGGUCUAAGAGAGGAGGAAAGAGGCAGGUCAACAGUACUGAGGGAGGGCAGCAAGUUUGCGAGCUGACUCUGUUUCUGAGACGCGGUACGUUAAGGCUUUCGCGCUGCUGUUCACUGUUGCGUUUUCUUGUACAGCAGUAGCCUCGUCGCAGGCCGCUAAUUUUCUCCUUCGUGGGUGAAUGUGCUCGCUAGCCUAUUCUGAUCUCUCACAAUGCUGCAUUUUGUUCUCGAGUCUCUCUGCUCUCGUCAAAACGCACUUGUCGCCUUUCUGAGGCAUGGCAGAUCGUUUCCUUCAGCCCCGAAUUCAGCAGAACUAAAGUGGUUACACCAGUCGUCGCUUUUGUGCACUCGGCGAGAAGUGUAGCUAGGCAGCCCCGUCACAAAAUCUGUAGGCUUGGGGGUGUUUACACUGAGAUGUUCUACCUGUUUUGCAAGAAAGCAUAGAAGGCAGAAAAAAAGAGGAAAACCUCAAACAUUCACCAUUCGGAUAAUCAUUUCAGGCGUUUUAACAGUUUGAUCAUUUGCCCUGCGUCACCUGUGUCUUCUUUUGUAAAAGGCAGCUGCGCACGAAAUGCCCAAUUUUUAUUGACAAACACAUCUAGUCUCUCAUUGCUUUGUUGGUUGUGCUGUGCUUAGAAGCUUCUCUCUUCACUUUUUUCUGUGCAAUGCACUUGUCUGUUCCUCACACACAGCAACAUACGAAGGAGAGCACACAGUUCAUGUCUGCAACAUAGCCUAUGGUUUAUGUAGCCAAUCAGAGUGCUCACAGAAUUCUUUCUGGCUCUAUUUAUUGCAGUUUAGGUGUUACACGUGUUGUGUUAGUCAUCUUGUCAACUACGGUUGGUCGAGGUGUUAGUGCGUUAAUAUGCAGCUGUUUUAAUUCAGCCUGCGUUAUUUACUAACACUAGUGCAAGUUAUCACUCAAAUUCUCUUUUUUCUUUAUUUUAUCAUUGGACAAAAAAUAGGUGGUUUCCAACCACUUUAUUCGUUUAGUAUAACUGACAUUUUACUAUCCAAGAGUGGAAAGAAUGAAGUCGUAUUACCAUUUGCGCUAUGUCUUAUAUUCGUGUUUGAAGUAACUAUUACACUGAAAGAGGUUUUAUACAUUGUAUCUAUUUGUGAAUUACUAUUUUACAUUGUUUGUAAGAUUUCUUUUUUCUGUAAUGUAUUUAGAAGUCCAUCUUACUUUUAAAAAGAAUCUUGAAGAAAUUAAGUUAUGUUUGAAUGACAUUGUCAUGAUGGUAUGUAUAACACAGACAUCGAGCUUAGCAUUGGUGUUUUUAUGUGCAGAAAAGUUGGUGGGUACAUCUUAUUCUUUCUUCUUUUCCUCUAAGAAAACAUGUGAAUUCUAUCCUAAUAUAGUACCGGUGGCUGUCAGUAAGUCUGUAUGUUCCAUGCAGUAUAUAGAAUUAAGUUUAAAUUGGUACAUCGUUGUGCAUGAAUUGAUUUUAUGCACCCUCAUCAUGCCACAAAGUACACAGAUCCUAUCGCUACAGCAAACCUUUGUAAGACUCAUUGUAGAUGAACGGCACUGUACAACAAAUGUUUCAGAAAUCAGCACCUUGUAAUUCCUUCAUAAAUUUUUUUUCAGAAAUUUGUGCAGGGGAAAAAUAUGAGCAAAAUGACAUUAUUUCAAUGCAAACAUUGUUACUAACAUGUGUCUAAAAAUGUUUCUUUUUUUUUUACUCGUUCUCAGCUGAAAAAUAGUUAUUGUGUACAAAAACUAUUGAUGGGACACAUUGUGCGAAUUGAGAUCUUAAGCUGACAGUGUGUGUUGUGCUGAUAGGCAGUUGAUAAAAAGACGAGCAAAAACUGGUUCUGUUCUUAUGACACCUGUCAUCCGUAUUAUUAUUGUACACGCUUCAUAUUUGCACACACACAAACAAAAAGCACGAAUGGGAGAGACAGUAUUCUGCUGGUUUAUUAAUUAUAAGCCUAGGGACAAUAUUAUUAGGAGAGUGAGGGGUCACCAACACUCUGAGGUAUGUUUAGAGUUUCUGCAGAUGCGUGAAAGGAAUGAUUGCAGCAAGUGAUCGGAGAGCGAAUGUGGCCUGGAAGUGAUGUUCCCCAGCUGUAUCAUUCACUUCUUCUCCCUCAUAUCAAAUGUUGAAGGUUUCAUGCCCCUGACCAACAGUUUCUUGAAACAUCGUCCUGUGUUUCCCAUUCGCUUUACUUCAAAACUGCCGAUGUGCGAUUGUAAAUGUCAUUCGUCUUGUGUAGGAAGUUCUUGCCCAUGUAAAAGAAUACUAAUGAACUAACGAACUCUAUGCGCAGCGCUCCUAGUGUAAACCAUAAGAUCAGCCCGAAAAUAGAGUACAAUCACAGCGCUGCCAAACAUUUGCCGAGGAAGUUCUGCUUGGUCACACCGAGCCAAGACGCCAGUGCGUAUGACAGCUUGUGAUUUCAACUUGAACCACACCAAUCUCAUUUCGUUGGAGAUCUAGCAUUGCUGUUUAUAAGUGCUGCUGAUAGCCUGCAGUCUUGAUUGGGUUUAAGUUCUUGACAGCUGUACAGUUGUGGUCUAUACAAGUUGCAACGCGGUGCCCUUAGUCAAAGUGGCACCAACACUGCACGGAAGUGUAAACAUAAGAAAGACUUGUGAGUAGAACACAAGUUUUAAUUACUGGCAUUUUGCAAAGAAAUUUACCAUUUUCCAGUGCCACUGUGCAGGUUUGGGGCCAUGGGCACCAUGUUGCAGUUGAUAUUGAGUGUUACUCUACGUAACUGACUGGACCUUUGAUUGGCAUGCAAGAGCCUUUGCAUGCAUAGAAAUUGUAACGUGCAUUCUUUCUCGGCCUCCUACUUACGAUCGACGAUGCACCAAAGUGUUUUCGAUAGAAUAAUGCCAAAGAAAGAAAAAAAGAAAAAGAAAUUCCCUAUUUGUCUGUUUAAUGUUACGUGCAACAUAUUUGUCUCUAAGGCACUGAGUCCAUAUGGACUUGGAACCAUUGCUAAUCCAGCCCAAAGUUGUCAUUUGCUGCUCUGAUGCUGUAAGAGCAUGCUCUUCUCACCAGAGCCAAGAUAAUCGUACUUUGAGGAUGCUUGUUUAAUAGUAGUAUUGUAAGUUAACUGUGUGUUAACUUUCUCUGAUUACGGUUGGGUAUACAAGGUCUUUUGUUAUUUUGCUUAUACGAGAUCUGUUAUUUGUUUUUUCAGAAACUAACCUUAGCAUAGAUCCCAUUUCUAAGAAAAUAAUGUGUGUCUUGAAUGCUUGUCCCCCAUCCCCACCUGCCCAGCCCAAAUGUCUGGGUUACUGAAUCAAUGCUGUAACAGAGUGCAUUGAUAAUUGAUAGAUGUUCACAUAGGGCAAACCAAGCAUAUUAAAUCCGUGUGUCUUAAAAAGAGAUAUUCAAGUGGCGUUUGUGCGUACUGGUUAGCAAUGCAGAGGUCUCUAUUUUUCUUGCCGGAGAAAUGCAAGCCGCGAUAAGUUGCUCUAUAUGCGCACUUUAUUUCGUUAUCAUUUUUGGCGUUUAGAUUUUCGGUAUUUAUCGUUUACAGUUUACAAAUGCACCAAAGAAGCAAGGUAUUACAGGGCACUUUUAUAAGCUAUGGUUUUUAUUUGUGAUAGAAUUAUUUUUCAUGCCUCUAGCGGUAUUAUUAUUCGUGUGUGUGAUCAGUCAUUGUACCGCAGUGGCAUCGCAUUUUCCUUUCUAGCCUGUGUCGUUGCCUGUCAGAGUUGUGAGCUAAUAGGGAUACGAGAUUAUAUUUAGUCUGUAUUCUAGGAAACGUUGUUGAACCUAGAUUUAUAUUCAAAUGUUUAGGUCUUUGCGCUCGUGAGGCAGCGUAAAAUGAAGAGAGCUGUGCGUAUUUAUUAGACGUUCUUCUCCGAGAAGCACUUGCUGUGACCAGCAAUCUUGUUGCUAACAACUCUUCCAAAGUGUAUAACAUUAGUGUGCAUUAGACCUUUCACGCAGCUGUUAUCACAUGGUACUGCUGGCUUAAAGGACUAGCCCUAUUGUCGCGGUGAUAAAUGAGAUAUCUAGGUAGUAAUGCAAUUUGAGUUCUAUUGUGAAGUACACUUUUGUGUGAAAUUAAACAAAGCAGCAAAUCCUGGUUUUUAAAUUUCACAUUUGGUUACGAUAGUCCCUUAAAUUUCGUGACGUGCAUUGUUUUUCUGUAUGUACAUGUAUUACCCUUCAGUUGCACUGUCCUCCUCAAGUAAGUGUCCCGCAUGUAUAUAUAGAUAUUUUAUUCUCUUGAAUGAACAAAGUUGAUAGAAUGUGCCAAGGUGAGAAAUAAAUAAAAAGAAAGAGGCACGUUGCUCACAGAGCAUUCUGCCAAUGAGUGCGAGAGUUGACAAUGUCGAGGUGUGAGUGAGUUUUACGUCAUUGUGCGCUGGUGUUAACGAAACGAGCAAGUGAGCUUGAAAAACUGUGUCGCAUUGCUGUGUUACGUCGUUUUGAAUAGCAGUUGUGAGACCUGUUGUCUGGCUCCAAACAGCUUUUUGUUUGCUGCUCGUUCAAGAAUGGUGUCUGGUGGAUGUGCAAUAUUGCCAUAGACUCGCAGGAAUUCAAACUCCAAUUAUUUUCGACUGGUUGAAACAAAUAUAAAAAGUUUGGCUGGCCCACAUUGUUUUCAGUGCAUUCCAAAGCCACCUUACCCAACCCACGUCAGUAAUUUAUUUCGGUUAAUGCAAGGUUUCUGGCUUCCUAGUGCAGAGCAAUGCAGCCACAAACAAACGAUUAGAAAACACGUUUAGGAAAUGAAUAGCCAGAACAUGUCGACAUUCAGUAUAUAGGGUUCUGUGAAUACAACUGUGAGUGGGAUGUAUAUUUGUAUAACAAGCUGUAAUUGUGUUUUGGGCCAUGCUUCGUUCAGUUUCGGAAAACUCGAGACUGAUAAUUCAUAUUAAGGUAUGCUGUCUAGGAGUUUGAAUUGAUGUGGGUUUAUCGUAGUAUUAAGCUUGUGGCACUUGUUUUUGUUGGGAGUUUCGCAGAGGCGCAAGAUUGCAAGUUUUUUUCCACACGAGUCAACAUUUUGUCGAGAUCUGUUUCUCUUGGGUGGAAAAAAGCGUAGAGAAUCUCAUUCUCUUUAUCAGCUGUGCUGCAGCAGGCAUACGCAUAUUAUUCAGUCGGACUUGUUCCUUGUAAUCUCUCUUGCUACCUUGGUUGUUGUUGUUUUAUGUGAGUGAGAAAUGUGUUUAUGUGCCCAGUGUUGGAAGAGUGGAUUGUAAACUCAGGCCUCCUAUCAGCCAAAACAACUGAGCUCCAAGCCCCAUACAUUCGUAAGGAUACGUAUGACACAAGUUUCUCGCGUGCAUUUUAUUACCUUGCUCAUGUGAGUUUGCUAGCUGGCAAAGGCGUUCCAAUUUGUCCAGAAACUCGCUUGCUAUUUAAUUGUCAUAGGUAUGCUGCUUUGCAGCUUUAAUGUGUAACAAACGUGCACAGCUCCUUGCAGCAAUAUGUGUUAAUCCUUAAAAUUAGUGUAUAAAUUGUGUGAAAAAUGAUUCACUUUCUUGCACAAUGAUGCAUGCACACAGUUAACACGACAGCAGAGGAAGCAAUCUUUUCGUGCAAGCCAAACACAUUACGUUAUUUUGUCUCAGUUGUGCUUACUGCUUGUUGGAAAAAAGCAGUAGGAGGGCUUAGCGUGUACAAACUGCUUUGACAUAGUUCCUAUCUUCAUGCAAGGCGUUUUCACCAAUGUGAGAGUCUUCAUGUUGGUGUGAAUUUCUUCUUCAUUGAGCAGAACAGGUGGAGCUGUUUGUUGCCGUAACCUGGCACAUUUGCCAGUGCACGUGCCGAAUCAAUUCCUCAAAUACCUCGUUAUCUUAGACGCAUUUAAGACACUGCUUGCUUCUGAAGUGUAGCUCUUAUCUUGCAGAUAUUUAAAUUUUAUUAAUAUUAGUGUAUAUUGAAAUGAAAAAAAGAAUGUUCCAAUUAGCACACCAUAAAAAAAUUAUCCCGCUUGUUCAACAUGAAACAAUCAGGCUGAAUGACAAGCUGAGAUUUUAAUGUGUACUUGUGGGCAUUGUUUUCCAAACAUUGUACGUCAUUUACACAAAGCUACAUUCAUGUACUUUGACAUAGCUGCAAGAUGGGCCGAUAUGCUUGGUGCUGUGGGCUUGCAGUCUAUAUGCAAGUGUUAACACAGCUGGUACCUUGCCACAAGCAUGUAGGGGUUGGGUUUUGUCUAUUCAUCAGCUGCCAUCAAGAUGAUAUUAUAAGUUUUCUAUAAGAGUAUGACCGAAAGCUUCUAGAGGCCCUUGUGGAAACUAGGUGGUUGCAUACUGCAAGGCGUAGUCAUCCUUCUUGUGGUCAUGCGUCGAAUCUAAGCUAAAUUCUUCUAAGCUAGUGUCAUCUUUGGAGGCUUUACACUAAACAGGCAUUGUAGACUACACUGAAAUUACAGCUUAAACAUCUCUCACAUAGAAAUUUAUCUUAGCAAUGUAGUCAUAAAUCCAAAUUGCGACUGUCAUAACGUCAUCUCUACAUGAUCAUUUGGUGCACUCGAGGAUUAUCAAUAAUCCUGCAAAGCAGAUUCAUGCUGAUCAGCCACAUGUAGUUUCUUCAAACACUGCACGGGCUACUAGUUCAUCACAAACCAUUUUUGUCCAUAGGGCAUUUCAUAAAUAGUACUGAAACUUAAAAGAAACAUUUUAGGGAAUGAUCAUAAUCCCAGCUUGCGUACACUAAAACAGGAAUAAAAAAAGCUUGGAGCUACCUCUCUCAAUAUACAUGCAGCUGGUGUAAAUGCAAUGAAAAAAAUUGACGUUAUUACAUAAACAAAAUUGGCCCUAAAAUGCGCCCUUUGUUGCUUGUAAUGUUGGAGCAUAGCUUGGUUCUUGCCAUCGUAAAAUUGUUUUUAACUAGCAGCAUGUCCUCAAUGUGUAUUUGUGAGUGCAAUUUCCUGAAGUGCGAGUUGUGAUAUGUGGUGUAGUUGGGGGAAAUACUAUGGGAACGUUUGAAGCUUGAAGAUGUGUUUAAGUGUCGCGUUUGGAUAUCUAGCGGGGUGUGGGUUUCUUUGUGGUUAUAUUGCGUUUCCUGGUACAAGUGUCAUCCUUUUUGUAUGUAUACACGGCUGUUAUUAGUAUCAAUAAAGAAAAACACUACUCAACA